AUGCAGCUUCCUGCACAACCACCUAGAACUCGAGCAUCAGGGGCUGCACUUGGAGGUGCGUGUCAGCAAAGAGAUGCCGAUCUCAUCACCGAGCAGGGCCUAAGCCCCGAACAUGGCACGGCGGCAGCCGCACGGCCAGCAGACGAGGCGAGGAACGCCCCCUGGCCCUGGGACGACGACGGCGUCCGGGCGCCGAGGCAGAAGGAAUGGAGGAAACCGGAUACACGGGGUCGUAGGAGAGAUUCAGCUCUGGGACGCGCAACGAGGAAGAGUGGAAGACAGCAGUCGUGGGGAAGAAACGAGUCGCUGAGGAAGACGGCAGCGGCGGCGGGGAAGACAUCGUGCUCGAGCAUCCCGUGUGGUAGCCUGGCUAAUAUGGUUCAUCGGAUGCCAGCCAACGGCGCGGAUUCGUCGACUGCAGACUGA